CUCAAUCUCUCAUCUGACCGACCAUCUCGACGAAGCUGUCAACGCGCAUCAACCUUACCACCCUUCUCUACGCGAAUCGCACAGCAGCACAUUAUGAGUUCCUCAGUCGCCCUAACAGACACACCCGACUUCGCGUGGUGGGCCAACAUCUGGAUGCACCUCCAAGGCUACCCCGCCGGCCCAAACAAGUCCAAGAGCUUCAAUGAGUACCUAAACGACUGGGAAACCAUCCGGGGCACAUCAAACAUCUGGCAACGCAACGAUCAAGGCCAUUACAUCUGCUCAGAAGGUCCUUCGAACAACGUUCGCAGAUGCAAGUUCCUACGCAAAAAGAUGAACAAAAUCAGCCCGAGACCAGUUGCAAACUACGACCUCAACGACUUGAUCUCGGCCCUCGAAACACUGGUCGAUUCCACACGAGAGCAAGAAAACCGCACCGAAGAAGAGAGCAAAAUUCUCGAAGAGCAGUGCAGAAUUUGCGAAGAGGCCAGAAUGAGAGAGGUCAGAAAGGAGGCAGCUGUCAAAUGCGCAGCUACAAAGGAGAGAAAGAGAGAGGAGGACGACGACGAGCAGUACAAGUUGAUGCAGAAUAUCUACGGCGAGCUUGCUGAUCUCAAAUCGAAGGACAAGAAGAACAAAGAGCGCUAUUAGUCUCUCGAGUAUAAUGUGCUCAAGGUUGCGAAGAUGGAGGACCGUAAGGAUCACAUGGAAUGGCUGGAGGAUAUGAAGCGUAGAAAGACGCCCUUGGAACUGAAGCGCCAGAAGGUCGUCGAUGAUGCUUAGAGAGAGAGAAAAGAAAACAGGUGGAAAGGGCGUGCUCUUUGGGUAGAUUUACAUCAAGUUGGCCUUUCUUUUUGGUCGUCUCAUGCUUGUCUUCAAAAUCAUCAUUCUUGCUUCCGGCGA